ACAAACUAUUGUAGGUGUUAUGAGUGGUUGUGUGAAUGAGACGACAGAGACUUGACAAAUAGGGAUGCAUCCUCUAUAGCUGCAGGGAGCUGUUAUCAUCUAUUCGUUUUAACGUGUUUUAAUGAAAAAUGAAUCCAAUGUCACAUCACCUGAUGAGCUCAGCAGUUUUGUCAACACGGUGGUGUCCAUGAAACAGUCCCUUCAUACAAGGAAAUGGGCUUCAAUUUAUAAGAGAUCUUCUGUAUCGAAUACAUCAACACCCUGCUCCUUAAGUCGGCAUGAGGAACAAUCUAUUAAACAUGAUAUUGUUAGCGAUACACCAACUUCUCCCACCAUUCCUGAUGACAUUAUAGAGGAACAGCAAUUUCAAAAUUUCAAUGUAGAAACAGAAGAAAGUCAACCUGAAGUGAGUAGCGAAUAUGAGCUCUCUUCAAGGUCUAAAAGAAAAAUGAGCCGUGAUCCGGGUAUUUUCGACGGGGCUACCAGAGCUGUAACAGAAAUGUUGGCUGGUGUCAGUGGCGUUGAUAUUUUCUCUGAUACAGAGGAUGAUUUCAGCAACGAAAUAACGAUGAAAAGACAAUCAGAAAAACAAAUUGCUGACGUCCCAAACGGAUUUAAAAGGAGAAACACUCGCCGAUUGCAAGGCCCAAGUGGUGAAAAGAUAAUACUUCACAACAAGAGCGGUGCGGGAACAUUGACAAGAGACAUGGCCGGUUCAAAAUGUAUCUUAGAUGUGGAGCAGGAGGACAAGGCAAUGUUUGGAUUUGUUGAAAAAGUUCUGGACACAAGCAAUAUUCAAUCUUUGAAUGGGUCACAUGUUGAUGUUGAUGGAGCCAGAGAAGUAAAGACUAACGGAAAGGUGUCGUUCAGUAAUGGUACAAAUUCCCAUCGUGAAGACAAUGAACAUCAGAGCAGUUUUGGAAAGCCACUAUUGGCCUCUACUUUUAUAACCGACAAGACUGGCGAGGAUGAUGCGGACAGCGUAGACAGCUCAGAAAACAGCCCCAGCGUUUUAGGAAGCCCACCACGUGACAUGUCGUUCGACAGCACUGACCUGCCACUCUAUAAUAGGGUAGCCCCAAUCCCCCGUAUACUAUCGUUACAAGGAAACUCCAGCAAGAGACCCGGAGAUGAUGGAACUACAAGCGACAGUGAGGACAUGUACUCAUCCCACAACUCAUCUCAAGCGGAUCUGAUGAACAGUAUCCUACCUCCAAUACACAGUCAGAGUGUGAGAACCACAGUACACACAGAGGAACCCGACUUUGAGGAGCUGGAGAGGUACUUCCCAAACCAUCAGAUGUCACUUUUCAUCGGAACCUGGAACAUGCACAGCGAGAAGGACGUUCCUCUGCUUGUUGAAGAGUUCCUGAUGCCACCUGAGUGCGAGUACUUACAGGACAUGUACGUUAUAGGAACACAGGAGUGUACCCCUCACAAGAGGGAGUGGGAGGUGACGGUACAAGCAACACUGGGCCCCACCCACGUCCUCGUGAGGUCAGAGAGUCUGGGAGACAUUCAUCUCAUCAUUCUAGUGAGAAGAGAGAUGAUAUGGAUCAUCAGGGAUGUGCAGAGCAGCACAGUAGCAUGUGGUGCAGGAGGAGUUAUGAGGAAUAAGGGAGCUGUUGGGAUCAUCCUUACCAUCUUCGGGAGCUCAAUGCUCUUUAUCACCGCUCAUCUCAGAGCCCACACGACCAAAGUGAAAGAACGUAAUGUUGACGCAGUGCGGAUCUCAACCUCACUGGACUUCUCCCGGUACAGCGUGAAACAGACCCCGGGAGAUGAGGUACCUCCUGACUGCACUGAGAAUGUUGACUGCGUGUUCUGGUCGGGAGAUUUGAACUACCGUGUCACGUGCGAGAGAGAUGUGGCAGAGAAGGCAAUCCAGAACAGCAAUUUGGAGCCGUUGAUAAAAAAUGAUCAGCUGCUUGAACAAAUCAGAGAAAAAGCUGCAUUCCGGGGUUUCAGUGAGGCUCCCAUCAGAUUUCCUCCGACAUUCAAGUUUGAUCCAGGGAGUUCAGAGUAUGACACAAGUGCCAAGCAGCGUGUUCCUAGCUGGACGGAUCGAAUAUUGUACAAAUCUCGACAAGAUUCCAUUACCCCUCAAAUAUACCACUACUGUCCAAACCUCACUUUCUCUGACCACAGACCCGUUUUCGGAGUGUAUUUAGUGACUUUAAAACCUUCCCCAAUAUCGUCAACACUGCGAGCCACAGGGUGGUUUGACAAAAGAGCUUAUGCUAGAGGCAUGAAGCGGCGUCAAAUGUACUCUAAGUCUAGGGCUACCGGAAACGAAGGUAGCUCAAUGGACAAUCGAAAACUAAAACAAUCCUCAUUUGUUAUGAAAGCUGUUAACACGCCUGUAAAGAAAGUAAUGGCUAAUCAUAAGAGCAGCAUUGUUUGUUCUAUAAUGUAGCGAGUACUUAUGGGUAGGAACUAGGAAUUAGGGAAAUUUCAAACUUUUUUGGAGGUUGUGAAUUAAAUUUUGACAUGAUUUAAAUUGCUUGUACUCAUAGUUUUAAUCUGAUUGAUAGUUGCUAAAAUAAUGUUACUGGUUGUUAAGAACAUUUUUAUCAGUUUUAUAAACGUAGUCGAUAAUGAUUGAUGCCUGAGAUCAUGAAAUAUCAACGAACGGCCAAGUUUAUAUUUGUUAACCGUUUUUGUUAGAAUUAAUUUUUCUAUUCCCUGCAUGAUGCAUCACUUUAACACUGACUUAAUUAAUCUCUUUAGUCCCUGUACCGGAAAUACCUUGAUUAAUUAUUCCUAACGAUGUACGCUAAUAAGAUUCUUCUCCCAAUAUCGAGACCAGGUAAUCAGAUUUAUUCCCGAUUUAUAUAGUUCUCGCGACCUAUGCCGACUUUUUAUCAUGUUUGUAUUAUCAAACUAGACAGAUUAGAUUGUAUAUAUUAUAUCAGGAUUGUAAUAUACGAGACGGUUGCUAUGUUUUAUGUAUAAUUUUGUGUGGAAACGAAAACAAUUUUCUGUUUUUUGUCCUGUCGUAACAUUGAUUCUUUAACCACUUCUAUCUCUGUAAUUAACAAUUUAAGUUUCCCAAGCAAAAUUCUAAAAAGUCACCAUGCUGUC